CACUCAUUACCUCUCUCAGAAGCCGCCAUAUUGGAUAUUGCGAACGUUGAAAUUUUCGCGCCCGAUAAACGUAGAACAUUAAAUACAAGACUGUUAAUGUUGCAGUUGAAGGAAUGUAGUUCAAUUUUCCAUACAAAAGAAAGCUAUGAUAAGUGUACAUUGUAUUAAAUAGCAUAAUAGGUGACUGUAGGACGUACGAGUGCUUGUUUUUACUGUGGAAUCUCGGAGGCAGAAUACCGAUAAACGUGUGUGGUGUUUCCCGUUGGAUUUCUACACGUUCGUCGUCGUGCAAGGAUCAAAAUCAAGUUUUGAGUAAUGGGAUAGAGGCUUGAACGAUAACUCUACAAGUACAACAACGAAUUCAGCGAAACAGUACCCUGUUUACAAAGUGAAUCUCCCUCCCUGGGAGCGGAGAAUAAUUGUGUAUACCUUCUUUAAAAAAGAAAUCUGAAAACAAAAUCCACAAUGUUCUGGAAAUUUGAUGUCCAUACUACGUCCCAAGUGGACACCUUACUAGAGAAGGAGGAUGUGACAUUAACUGAGCUGCUCGACGAGGAUGAUAUCCUACAAGAAUGCAAGGCUCAAAACAAAAAGCUCAUUGACUACCUAUCGCGAUCUGAAAUCAUGGACGAGUUGAUUUCUUACAUCACCAAAGAGCCCUCGGGUGAAUUAGAGGAGCAACUACAGUACAAGCACCCUAACAUGGCUUGUGAGCUACUAACCUCCGAAGUAGCAGAAAUCAGCGAUAAGCUUGCAGAGACUGAUUCGGCAAUGAGUGCACUGUGGGGUUUCCUAGACCAUGAGCCUCCACUCAACCCGCUACUAGCCAGCUUCUUCAGCAAAACCAUCGGCACCCUCCUGGUCCGGAGACCUGAGGUUGUCAUCAAUCACCUCAAAAGCAAAGACAACUCUAUCGGCAUUCUCCUGAAUCAUCUAGGCACGUCGGCCAUCAUGGAUCUCCUCCUCAGGCUAAUCACGUGCAUAGAGAGCAGAGAAGUCAGGCAGGAAUUCCUAGAGUGGUUGAAUGAGCAGAAGUUUAUCCAGCGAUUAGUGGAUUUGAUAGAUCCCGAAGAGACUGACGAUAAACACAGCAAUGCUGCACAGACUCUGUGUGACAUUGUGCGCAUUACCAGGGAACAUAUGUCACAGUUACAAGAGUGUGCAGAGAGUGACCCAUUGCUAACAACGUUAGAAAAGCAAGAAACAGUGACUGAGUUACUAGAACACAUGUUUCAUGGGAAGAAAUCUAAGUCUGCACUAGUCAAUGGCGUCAGUGUACUACUGGCCCUCCUGGAAUUCAAAAAGCAAGGCAUGGUAUUGUCUUUCUUUAGGCCCGAGGGACAGGAACAAAUGACUGCGCUAGACGCUGAGAGAUUAGCUCAUGGUGUCAGCGGCACGCUGAAGGCGGUUAUACAUCAGCUACCUGAACUUCACCAAUUAUUGACAGAUCCCCCAGAGCAAGAUCCAAUGCCAACCACCGUGGGUCAGCUUUCCCCUCCAUUUGGAGCUGUCCGCCUACAAGUCUGUAAGCUGAUUGCUUCACUGCUGGUUACCAAUACCCAGAGUAUUAACGUGGAACUAGCCAGAUUGGGAACGAUAAAGUCACUAUGGGAGCUUUUAUUUCAGUAUGCAUGGAACAACUUCCUACAUUUGGAAGUUGAGAAGUGUAUAAGCACCAUCCUGGCCAAUAACCCCACCGAAUCAGAAGAAGGAAAGACGCAACAUCCCCUAUUAGUUCAUCUUUUUACAGAUUGUAAGCUGAUACAAAGGAUACUGGAAAAGUGGGAAGAAAACGAACAAACCCAACAGAAAGGCGGGUCGCGGAGAGGGUACAUGGGCCACCUGACCCGUAUCACUAAUACCGUCAUCGAUGAGAUGGAGAAAGGCUGUAACUGCGAUCAGAUCAAGUCCUUAUUUCAAGAGUAUGUACCGGAGGAUUUUCGAGAUAAGUGGAGUUCUUUUCUAGCGGGUAGUUUGUCUGAUCUCAACAAACGGAAUACGGUAGAUUUGGUUGGCACACAUCCCUUACAUUCCUCCAGUGAGGACGAUGAUGGUGAUUUUGGUAAUAUAGACUUUGGCAAAGACACUGCAGUACAACAGGCAUUCUCUGAUUAUCAGAUACAACAAAUGACGUCCCAUUUUAUUGACCAGUUUGGAUUCACCGAUGAGGACUUCACCAAGCAAGAAGAUAACGUCAACAAUCCAUUUGACACAAUAUCAGACAUCAGUUUCUCAAUAUCGGCUAAUGAAGACAAUCCCAAUUCGGCGUUAUUUGAAGCCUGUUGCAAUGAGAGGAUAUCCAAGUUUAACGACAACAACAGUGACGAAGAAGAUAUGUGGGAAGAGAAAGAGUUGACGUUCUUAUCCAAUGUUGAUGAAUUAACGAGAACGUGUGAUUCGACAGCAGGUCCUGGUGCUGGUAGUGAUGAUAGCGAUAGUGAAGAGGAGAACACGAAAGAGGCAACCCCGGGAUCCCCACAACCCUCACCAUCCAAUACCGAUGAGACAAAGAUGGAUGUAGACUCGGCUGAAACUUGGACAGCUAACUUUGACGAUGUCCCCAUGGAUGGAGCGGUUGCCAUGGAUACAACGCCUACAUCGUGGCCAGACUCACCCCCUCGGGCUGCACCAAGUCAACCGGAGGAACCUGAGACAGGCUGGGCUAACUUCAAUGACUUCAACGCUGGCUUCAGCUCUGCCAGCCCUGAGGGUCCAAGGAGUAGCUCUCCCAUUGCCAUGGACAGCGAGUCAUCCCAAGAAGUUACCUCAGCCCAAGACACCACCAGUAACGAGGCUACACCACUUUACUCCCCGCAACCUGGUGCUGCUUACGUUGUUUCAAGUAAUGCCGACCAGGAGAAGCAUCCUGAAGACAGUAGUCAUGAUGCACAGGUUACAAGCAUUGGCACAUCAACGCAGUCUGAGCACAGUGUACCAGAAGAUAGAGAGAUGGUGGUAGAACCUUGCUCCCAGAGUGGCGAUUCUUCCUCUUCCAGUCAAGACCCCGUCUCAUCGUUACAUAACUCCUAUCCAGCCUUCCCGUCAUCUCCUCAACCUGCCUCCCCACAACCCGACAGCACCGUCGUAGACCCUCACGUGACCCCGUUAUCACCGGCACCGCAACUUGUGAACUCCGACAGUCCAGCCAAGAAUCUCAGCGAGACGAGCUCCAGCUCGGACUCUGUCAAUAGCCAUCAAUUAACGCAAGCGGAGGUGGAGCCUCUGCCCAGGCCGGCGGCGCCGCCGAGCAGCCCGCCCGCAAAUUCUCCGCAAGGCUCAGGACUCUCGCAGACUCGGAAGCAAGAAGCUGACAGUCAUUCGACACAAGAGGGGGUUGUUGACGUCAGUAGUAAAGAGACAGUGGGAGAGAGGAGGAACACUGCAGAUGAUGUACAGCAACCGGUGUCUACAGUGAUUGAAGUCGUGGAUGGGAAUUGCAGUCAACCACAGGAAGAAGAAGCAGAGGAAGAUUUGGAAGAUAACUUCAGUUUCUUGGCAUCAAGUGGUUUGAUGAAGAGUGGUCCUGCACUGUCACCCAAACCUAACGGCCCUACAGAGUCGGAGCGUAUAGAAAAAGCAAGGGCUGAAGCAGCAGCUGCCCUGAACCAGUUCACAGCGGCUACAAAGCAGAAUGGACCGGUUUGAUCCAGUCUGAACUGGUUUCAUCCUGUCUGCAGUGGAUCAUCCGCAUCCUGAAAAGUUUCCCAGGCACCUCUCAUAUGGAUGGUUGCAAACUUAAUACCACUCAGCAGGCAAUUCUUUGCAGAUGGUGAAACAUUUAUAUACAAAGUUACUUUAGGAAUUUUUUUUAAUUUUUUUUUUUUUUUUAAAGGUAUUCUUAAAAUAUUGAAGUCCACUUAUGCUUGGUGUAAUAUGUAAUCUGUAUAUUGCGAAUAAAGACAAAAGAUUCCCCACUGAUAAAUGUAACGUUCAGUUAGCCGUUUUCUUUGAAAGCGUUAAGUUUUAGUAGCAGUCCCAUAUUAUUAUGCUUCAUUAUGGUAAUUUUUGGAGAAAGUUUCAUUCUCAAGAUGGGAACGCUUUCAAGUGCUCAGUUUUGUGCCAGGUUUUUCAGAAAAAAGUAAUAUGAACGCUGGCGCUGGAUUUGCCAACUUGCAAACAAGAAUUGUCAAAUUGCUCCAGUCCAAAGGUUCUGGUAAUAUUUGAAAAACUAACAUUGUUUACCAAUACGAGAAGCUAUUUUGAAAUUCUUGUACAUUUAAUAAUUGCAAAGAUUUCUCCCAAACUCUACUGCCCUUUGCAACCCAAUUUUCUAUCCUCCCGUAACAUUGCACUGAAUCAUUACCUUUCCUGUUCAGCUUACAUUGCGGUCAAUUUGUAUAGAAAACGGAACAAAAUCCUCUAAAUGCAAGUUGCCAGUUGGACAAUUUUUUUUAGAAGCUAGUCAUUCUAUUUUGCUGACAUUGGAUGACGAUUUUCAUGUCUUUUAUUGUAUUUUUUUUAAAAAUCUUUGUUGUGAGGAAAAAGGGGCUGCAUUGUACAUGACAUGCAGUGCUUUCAACUUGCAUUUUAAAUUGAAUUUCGAAAACUAAGAAAAUUAUAAGAAUUCUGCAGGGGAUUUUCAUCAUUAUUAACGUUUAUUCUGUUGCAGGCACUUCACCGUUUGCAAUUACUGAGGAGGCUAAAUUCGGAAAUAUGUAGCAAGUUACCAUUUUGGGAUAAGAAUAGAAGAAGUUAAAAUAUCCAAUAUUUUGUUCUCCAGACUCUUUGAUGCCAGAGAAACUAGAUUAAAAAAAACAAAAAAAGAAGCAAGAACAAUGAAAUGUGGAAUAUUAUGACAUACUGAGUUUUUCAUUUGACUUGAAUGCGUAUAAUUAUGGGCAUGGUGGUCAUUUACUUCAAAAUAUUUUGUAAAUUUCGUUGUGAUGUUUUAUAUUUAUCGUAUUAUUUAGUCAAGAGUGAUAUGAAUGAGAACAAAAAUACUGAAAUGUUUAAUUCUGUGAGCUGCACUAAACCGAUGAGGUUUAUUAAUUUGCACUCCUCGGUUUCCAUCUCUAAGCAAUCUGGAUUUAAAUAAAACCUUCAAAAAAUCCGUACACUACAGGUAGUCUGGUUAGGGAACAGUCAAAGAUACAAACAGUUCAGUUACUUCACUUUUUUGAUCGUCCCGACUUUUCAAACAAGCGGUCAAAAUUGGGCUUGUAUUUGAAUUUCAUGUACAUAACAUUUAGUAUCCAACGGCAAAAACGUUUGCUCAAGUUUAAGUGUAAUGUUUCCUUUAUCGGCCAAGGUUUCCGUUGAUUUGAAAAUAACCACUCAGGGACCUCCAACGUGGAGUAUUUCAAAUGAAACAUUUUGCUAGAACAUUUUUGCAGAAGUGAUUGUCAAUGUGGCUGUCUACCAUGCCUUUCAUCAUACAAACUUUCGAGAGAAAAAAAUGCAAUGUGUUUUCCCAUAAAACAGUCAAUCAAAUUGUGGUUUGUUUUCAUGGUACAUGUAGACGCUGUUAAUGUGGACAGGUUUUCUAAGAAUUUUUGAAUUCCCAAAAAUGUAUCACCGAGGUAGAAAUUGAAAAAGUUAUUGAUUCAAAUCCCUCAUGAGUCAAUUCAUUUACUUCCUCCAAUCCUAGUAUAAAUGAUAUUAAAAAAUAUGUACAUUCUUGAACAAUUAUGAUGUGUGUAUGGAUUGUGCUGUUGAGUUCUAAACAGUCGGUUAGUCACCAACGAUGUACCAAAAUAUUUUCCCCCGUUCUAUUACCUUGCGAGCGAAACCACUUUAAGAUGAGUAUUAUUAUAAAAUUAAUAAUAAGUAAACAAAUAAAAAGGUAUCAUUGAAUAUUUGUUUUAAUGGACAGAAUGUAAAUAGCGCCCUCUGUUGUGGAGAGGAUGUUUUUUGUACAGUGUAAGUUGAGCGUAUUAUAAUUUUAUUUUUCGUGGGGCUUUUCCUGUUGAAUACAAAAUAAACCUCACUACAUGGUGUAUUGGAGGGUGUUUUUUCCCCAAACAGUCAGAACUUCAACGCAGAUGUGUGGUGGUAUGCUGUGAAUACGGAAAGUGUGUGGCCCAAGAAGUUCCGAGCUCUUAAGAUUUUUUUUUUUGAUAAUCAAAAUUGACUUGACAGGCAGCCACUUGCUAUUUGGCUGCUUGACACUGUAAUGCAAAAAAACAAAGAAACCAGGCUAGAAUCAAUUUACGUUGUAAAUGCUACUGUUUUCUGAUUGUCAUAGCCUCAGCCAAGUAAUUUGCACCAAAAAUCGCAUGGCUACGGCUAGCAUUAACGCACGGGUCUAUGGGCAGUGGGUUCAUCCGAUUCCAAUAGACAUGUGCGUUAUUGCCGGCCAUGUCUACGUAAUGUGGAUGUGGCUUUGUUGGAGUGUUCAUGAAUUAUGAAUAGGCACUAGUCCAUUUUUUAUGCAGUGCAAGCUGUAACUAUCCCAAACACAGAAAACGUUUAUGCGUCGGUGAGAUGAACAUUUUAAUAUUAGUUUUGCCCUAUACAAUCUUGAUUGAAGCAAAUGUCUGUGAAGGACAAACCCCAGUGUUUGAAUAUGGGAAACGUACGUUGUUGAAUGCAACAUUUGUGUGUCGCUGUCCUGGAUGUAUUAAACAUACACAAACUGGUAACUUCAGCUCAUGGUUUAAACGUUAAGGUGAAAUUCUUGAAAAGAAAUGCUGUUGAUGGACUACUGUUUUUUGAAUUAUUGCUGUCAAAAUGGUAAAAUGAUGAACAUUGAAGCACACGUGGUGUCAGCUGUGGCCAUCUUAAAACGGAAAUUUUCAGUGGCCAUAAUGGACUGACUAAUGGUGUUACGACUACUAAUGCUCUGGUUAAUUUGGUCUGAAACACUGCAAACCAUUUCAGAUCUUGCUCCUUUUCAAAAACAAAUGCAGCCGUUUUACGUUACAAGUCAUCAAGUGUUAGCGUUUUAUGUUAGCGCAUAUCGGAAUGAGAGGAUUAACUCCACCACGCUGCUUUGUAACAUUUGCAUCAAUUGGUAAUAUCCAGGAUUCACAUUGACUGCGUUCUCCGAAAAAUUUCACAUUUGUGGAUCAGUCC